AUGAGUCAACCCGCGGAGGAGAAAAUGGACAUCGAUAAUGAGAGUGCAUCCGCUACCGGCAGCACAUCAUCAGCGGCAUCGGCUGCGAUGCCAAUGAUUCCAUCCACUUCCAAAGCUUCAACGCCGCCUGUUGUGUCGGAUAUGGAUAGUGCCGGUGGAUCUAGCGGGAAGCCCGUGCCAAUCCAGCCGGAGGGAAGAAAUGUGAUGGCUAGCAGUGCAACGAUCCCGUCGGUUACCUGCUCACUGCAUCCGCUCGUGAUUAUGAACAUUGCUGACCACUGGACACGUACCCGUGCACAGCGAAGCAGUAAGCCGUUGGUGUUUGGUGCGCUUAUUGGAAAGCAGAAGGGACGUAACAUCGAGGUGAUGAAUUCGUUCGAGCUCAAGUACGAUAUAGUGAACGAUGUGGUUGUUAUUGCUAUGGAUUAUUAUCAGGUGAAGGAAGAGCAGUAUAAACAAGUGUUUAGUGAUCUCGAUUUUCUCGGCUGGUACACGACAGACACUAUUCCGUCGGAGAAACACAUUAACAUUCACAAACAAAUCUGCGAAAUCAACGAGUGCCCCAUGAUGUUACUGCUGGAUCCUCUUAAUCGUAACAUGAACCUUCCAAUUGCACUGUAUGAAUCUGUGAUUGACAUAGUGCAGGGCGAGGCCAUGAUGUUGUUCGUGCCACUCGUCUAUACACUUGCAACGGAGGAAGCGGAACGCAUCGGUGUCGAUCAUGUGGCCCGCAUGUCCAAUAACGAGACUGACACUAACUCCACCGUAGCCGAGCAUCUGCUCGCGCAGUACAAUGCGAUCAAAAUGUUGAACUCCCGCGUUAAGAUCAUACUGGCGUACAUAAAGGCGGUCGAAAACGAUCAGCUUAAACCGAACCAGGAGAUACUACGAAUGGCCUACUCACUUAGCCGCCGUCUACCGAUCGUUCAGAAUCCCUCUUUUAAGGAAGAUUUUUACACGCAAUCCAACGACGUCGGACUGAUUACAUACCUGGGAGCUUUAACCAAGGUAGCCAACGAUAUGAAUCAGCUGGUAAAUAAGUUUAACGUUCUCUACGACCGUCAAGCAAUGGGACGACGCUUAAGGGGCAUUUUCUUCUAA